UAAUAUAUGUGUGUAUUUUUGUAUGAUAUGUCAAGAAAAGGAAGAGAAAGAAAAUCAUAAAAAGAUUUAUAGGUAGCUGGUCCAUUAUGGAAUACCAGAAGCAGCAGUGACUUUUGUGUACUAUAUAUGUAUGCAUGUAUAUUGUAUAGCCCAGAAUGGUAGGAUUUUGAAGACCCUUCCCUCCCUCCUCUUGAGUAUUGCGUAUUCUCUUUUUAAAAGGGAACAAAAGCCAAGAGAUGCAAUGAACCUUUAGAUUUAUAAGAUCUGUGAAUACUGAGAGAUAGUGGUAGAAACCUAGAGAAGUUGAGAGCGGUGGCUAACAUGGCUGGUGUGUCUCAGUUGCAGAAGCAGUUUGUUGACUACAAAGCCUCACUCUUUCAAGAGGGGGUUCUGGAUGAACAGUUUGACCAACUUCAGGGACUACAAGAUGAGAGCAACCCAAAUUUUGUGGUUGAAGUGGUGUCUCUCUUCUUUCAAGAUUCUGAGAGGCUUCUCAAUGACCUGACCAAGACUCUAAACCAGCAGGGUGUUGACUUCAAAAAGGUCGGUGCCAAUGUUCAUCAGUUGAAGGGUAGCAGCUCCAGCAUUGGUGCUCAGAGGGUUCAGAGAGUCUGCAUUGCAUUUCGUAACUACGGUGAGGAGCACAACAUUGAAGGGUGCCUAAAAUCUCUUCAGCUAGUGAAGCAUGAAUAUGGCAUUGUGAAAAAUAAACUUGAAACUCUUUUCAAGCUGGAGCAACAGAUUUUGGCUGCCGGCGGCAUUGUACCAAGGUAAUGAAGAAUCAGAUGAUCCAGUGAAGUUGUCAUAGCAACAAGAUCACAAAGUAUGUAGCUAGAUUGCAGAGAGGCUUGGUUUAAUGUACUUUUGUCUUUUCUUUCUCUCCUAUUUGGUUUGCGCAUCCAAGUUUCUUGGGGGGCUCAAAGAACCUAGUUCAUUAUGGCUAAGAAUGUGAAUGAAUCUUUCUACCUCUUUAAUUUCUGAUAAUAUGGAUGAUAUUUCCUAUA